CAAAAAUAUUUAUACACACACUUUGUGCAAUUUUUUUCAAGUGUUCGCCGUGUGUUAUCAAAGAAAUACAAAAUCCAAUUGGUUUUCACAGCAAUCAGCCAACAAAAAACCAAUUGGUUUUCCCUUAUUUCCAUUCAAAUGAUGCCGCGUGCGUUUGUGACAACAACAACAACUGCCAAACAAACAACAAGAAAUCCUUUAAAGUAAAAAGCAUAUAAAGAGCGCCCCGUGCAAAAGGUUCCUAUACUCAUCACAUAAUAAUCACAGAUCACAGGAGUCGUACGAGAAGGAAAAACCCCAGUGACAAGUGUACUACUAAACCUAAAUUCUUUUUUUUUUAAUUGAAAAUGGCAGCCCUCGAAAUGAAAGCCCCAAAAACCAAACUGAAGCUGUCUGAUUAGGAAAUUGCGAAAAAAGCUAGAGAUUCCAAUUGGUGGAUUUGUGAUUUUUUUUGAAACCAAAAAAAGAUACAAAAAACGAGGCCCGUGCAAUAUAAUAACUAACUGAGGAGAGGAGUACUAAGCAAUAACUUAAGAAAACUUUAUUAACGAGAUCGGCAGGACAUUGCCCUUCGCUGGGUUUGUGUGCCUGUGUCUGCGAAGUUUUGAAACACCUUCGGAAACUGGAAACAAAAAUGAGAAUUAAAAUGCCCGCGGUUCGAAUUGCACAAGAUUCCGACUCCACAGAGAACGAUGCCGUGGCCACACAGGACAUCCUCACGUGCGGCGCCUGCCAGAAGGCGUUCGCCCUCUCGGACAUUGUCAAGUUCAUCCAGCACAAGGUCCUCCAGUGCAACAAGGAGAACUACGGCCAGUGCGCCCAGAACACCCAGAAUCCGCAGAUGGAUCGCGACGCCGAGGAGGGUCGUCCGCUGAGCCUCGUCAAUCGCCGCCCCUCGAUCUCCGCCCCCAUUUCCGGUCGCAAGUCCGGCACAUCCGGCGUCGCCCCAUCCGCCGCGGCAGCGGUCGCAGCAGCAGCGGCAGCGGCGGCAGCAGCGGCGGCGGCAGCGGCGGCCAGCAGCACGGCCAGCGGCUCCAGGAUACACACACCACCACCGAGUCCGGCGGACCUGCUGGCCGACGGAGCCAGCAGCACGCCCAAGCGUCUAGUAGAUGAGAACGACAAUACCACGCCCAAGGACAGCGAGACGGGCGCCACCACCCUCGAUUCGAAUGCCGCCCCCUCCAGUCCGGCGGCCAUUGAGCGCCAGUCGUCGGGCGACAGCAGCUGCGAGCUGGAGGAGCAGGCGAAGGUCAAGCAGGAGCCCUACGAGGAGGAGCACCACCACCAUCAUCACAACGAUGAGGUGGAGGAGGAGGACGAGGAGGAGGAGGAGCGGUCACUGGCCAAGCGGCCCAAAAUGGAGCUGGUCGAUGCCGAGGCCAAUACAGUCCACACAGAACCCAGCAACUACACUUGCUCCACGUGCAAAACCCGCUACACCUCCGCCUGGCGCCUCAUCCAGCAUGUCCAGCACUCGCAUGGCGUGAAGAUCUACGUGGAGAGUCCCGGCGGUUUGGGAUUGGGAGGAGGUGGAGGUGGAGCCACCUUGACGGUGGCCACACCCGCCGCCCUCAACAGCAGCGCUUUGGCCCUGGCCGCCGCCGCCGCUGCCGCAGCUUCCGUUUCCGGUUCCGGCCUGGCGAGUCCACAGCCAGCAGCGGUCAGCCCGACCUCGAAUCCCCUGCCCAGUCCCGCAGCAACAUCAGCGGGCAAGCGGAGCAGUCCGGUGGCCGCCAGCAACAACAACUCGGUUAGCUCUAGUUGCUCCCAGUCCGCUUCCAAUUCGCUGGCCAACAGCAGCAACAUCAGCAGCAACACCAGCAGCAACCUAGGCUCACCGCAACAGCAGCAGCAGCAGCAACAGUUGCAGCUGCAGCAGCAACAGCAGCGCGUGCAGCAGCAACAAAGGGAGAACCUGGCCUCCGCCAUGGCCGCCGGCAUGCGUCACCAUCCGCUGCUGCCGCCGCCGGAGGCGAUGCACGCCAAUCCCUUCCAGCUGCUCCGCAUGCCGCUGCCCCCUGGCAAUGUAGUUCCUACGGUGGCGCCGCUCUUCGGCCGCCCCUCGCCCGCCGACCACUACCGCAUGGAGCAGCUGGUCAGCGAGCAGUUCCGUCACCAUGGCUUCAAUCUGGCCGCCGCCGCCGCCGCUGCCCAGGCGCAGUUCAAUGCGAACGGCGUGCAGUCGGUGGUGGUGGAGCCGAGGCCACCCUCCUCGGCCAGCAGCAGUGGCAGUCAGCGGGGCUCCGUGCCGCCGGCUGCACUGCCUCCGGUUUCCCUGAGCUCCCAGCAGCAAUCCCUGCAGCAACCGCAACAGCAGCCGCAACAGCAGACUACGCCCACUCAGCAAUCCCAGCAGCAGCAGCAGCAGCAACAGCUGCCCACUGGCUUAGUAGGCGGAGGAGCAGGUGGCUCCUCUUUGAAGCUGGAACCGCAGCAGAUGGAUUUUUACUCGCAGCGAUUGCGUCAGCUUGCGGGCACAACAAGCCCUGGAGCUGGCAGCACUGUUAACUCGAGCUCGCCGAGUCCUCGACAGAAGCAAUCGCCGCAUUUCGCGAGCCCCUCGCCCUCGCAGCAGCAGCAGCAGCAGUUGCAACAACAGCAGCAGCAACAGCAGCCGCCGCAACAGCGACCCCAUUCCCUGACGCCGCCGGAGAAACUGCAGGGUGCCGAGACCAGUUCAGAGAAUGGCAGCGGAAACCUUAACCUAAUCCUCUCCAGCACUCCGCGUUCCGCCAGCACGCCGCCGUCGAAAACCAGCGAUGUUGCGUCGCUGAUGCAGGAUGCCAGUCCCUUUGCCUGCAGCUACUGCGACAAGAAGUUCCGCUUCGAGAACAACCUGAUUAUCCACCAGAGGACGCACACCGGCGAGAAGCCGUACAAGUGCACCGCCUGCGACUUUGAGUGCUCGCACAUCCAGAAGCUGAUGAAGCACAUGCGAGUGCAUCGCAGUCCGGGCGAUGACCAGGAUCAGCAGGAUGGCAACCAGGAUGAUGGCAGUAAUGCGGAUUCUUUGGAAACCAAUGAGGCCGAGGACAACGACGAGGAUCCCAAUCCCGAGGAGUCCGAGGAGGAGAUGGGCGACAACGAUCUGGAUGGCGAGGAUGAGGACGAGGACGAGCUGGAUGACUGCGAGGAGAUGGACUACAAGGCGGAGGAUUUGAGUGUGAGCAAUCGUCUGGAUGGCAAGAGCCAGAGUCCCAAGACCACGAGCUCCGGAGCCACCUCCCUCGUGGGCGAGCUGAUGGACAAGUUCGGCCUCUCGAACAUUGCCCAGUACAGUGAGGCCUACAAGCAGGCGCUGCAGGAGUCGGGACGCAAGGAGGCAGCCGCUGCCGCCGCCGCAGCCGCCGCUGCCGCUGCUGCAACGGAUAAUAAUAAUCGCAAUCCGGGGGAUAAGAUGAAUGGCCUGCCGGUGGCCGCUUUGCGGCUGCGCGAUGAGUUCGCCAAGAACUGCCAGAUGUUCCAGCAGCCGCAGGAUGCCAGCGGUGCCGCCUCGCAGGUGCCGCUCUUCAAUCCCUUCCCCAAUCCCUUCGAGCUGAGCAAGCGGAUGAAGAUGGACGGCGGCGACUGGUGGGGCAUGUCGCAGGCUUUGCAUCGUAAUGAAGCUCUCUUUGAGAACCUCAAACUGAAACCCUUGGGAUUAGGAGGAGCCAACUCCUUGAUUCAAGGACCCCUGCUCAAGAAGGAGAGCCGCCAGCGGAACGACACCUGCGAGUUCUGCGGCAAGGUGUUCAAGAACUGCUCCAACCUCACCGUUCACCGGCGCUCGCACACCGGCGAGAAGCCGUACAAGUGCGAGCUCUGCUCCUACGCCUGCGCCCAGAGCUCCAAGCUGACGCGGCACAUGAAGACGCACGGCAGGACGGGCAAGGAUGUGUACCGCUGCCGCUUCUGCGACAUGCCCUUCAGUGUGCCCUCGACGCUGGAGAAGCACAUGCGCAAGUGUGUGGUGAAUCAGGGCAAGGCAGCAGCGGCCGCAAAUGCAGUGGCUGCCGCCCAGGCGGCCCAGGCUGCGGCCCAGCAUAUCCAGGCAGCCGCCCAGCAGCAGCAGCAGCAGCAGCAACAACAGCAGCAGCAGCAGCAACUGUCGCCCAUGGGCGUCGGCGGAGGGGUGGUGGGAUAUCCGCCGCAGUUCGUGACCGGCGGACACAACCUAUCCCUGCCCGGCAGCGUGAGCGGGGACAACGACAGCAACGCCUCCUCCAGCCUCACGGGCGUCCAUCCCAUUUCGCUGAAGGAGGAGGCAUGACUUUUCAGUGGCUUCCCCAUGCCGCCGCCACUGCAGCCGCAACAGCAGCCGCAACAGC